GAUUGAACCCAGGUCUCCUGAAUUGCAGGCAGACACUUUAACCUCUGAGCCAGACUGAAGUGCAGAAAAGUGUCGCGUGUUUACCGUCGGUAAGGGUGAUAGCAGAAAAGAAUGGAACUCCUUAUUUUGGCAAGACUAUGAAGCAUUCGGUACUUUUUCGAGGCAGACGGACUAGAGGAUGUGUGCUGUUGUUGUCCCAGCCAGCACCGUGGGAAAUGAGAACACAGUGAUGUCAGGUAACAUCUGUCGAUCACCCAUCGCAGAAGCAGUUUUCAGGAAACUUGUAACUGAUCAAAACAUUUCAGAUAAUUGGGUCAUUGACAGUGGCGCUGUUUCUGACUGGAACGUGGGCCGGUCACCAGAUCCAAGAGCUGUGAGCUGCCUAAGAAAUCAUGGCAUUAACACAGCCCAUAAAGCAAGACAGGUUACCAAAGAAGACUUUGCCACUUUUGAUUAUAUACUGUGUAUGGAUGAGAGCAAUCUGAGAGAUUUGAAUAGAAAAAGUAAUCAAGUUAAAAACUGCAGAGCGAAAAUCGAACUACUCGGGAGCUAUGAUCCACAAAAACAACUUAUCAUUGAAGAUCCCUAUUAUGGCAACGACGCGGACUUUGAGACCGUCUACCAGCAGUGUGUGCGGUGCUGCAGGGCCUUCCUGGAGAAGGUCCGCUGACCCGGCCGUCCCGCUGUGGCCCAGGCUCGUCCCCCCAGGCCGUGUGUCAACCGUCAGCAGUGUCCCUUCCGAGCCAAGGCUGCAGCCCCCCCUUCAGCUCGCUCACUGUUUCUCACCUGACAGAAGAAUUGUAGAUGGAAAUCAGUCUUUGUGUUCAGCGAAAGAGUAAAUAAAAAAUCUUUGACUCAGAUAGUUUAUGGGGUGAGAGUUCCUUAGACUAGCUAACCCUCCCACUUUGCCCCAGUUACAAAAACAGUGGGACAGUCGAAAUAGUGGAUCAGCACCGUAGAACAUGACGGAGUGAAAUAAGACGUCCCUCCAGGACCCCGCACCACCUCUCCCUCCGGACGGGCCCCUGCCUGCACUACCUCUCGAUGCCAGGGCCUGGCGUCCAGCGACGUUGGUCGAGUGUCGCGCGCUCACAGUGCCCACGCGUGGAUUUUCAGGACAGGAAGGAGGGAGAUUGGUGGGAUUCACCUUUAGCACCUUCAGUCCUUCUUAGUUUGUGUCUGUGUAGCUUAUUUCAUAAGGAAGUCAACUUAUUUGUUCCCAUUUGAACCGCUUUGCCUCUGGAAAUGUGAUUAUAUCCAGGAGAAGUGUGUGCUGGUUCAUCUUAUGGUCAGUUUGGGGACUGUGUCUGCUUCUACGUGCAUAUAACUGCCUGAAUGCCAAUUAUAGAUCACCUUGUGUGGGAAAAAGUGUUAAGUUGGAAAAAGUCCUUUUAUGUUGGAAUACUUAAAUAUUGAUAUAUUAAGUAUUCUUUUGUCAGUGCCUGGUUAUAGGGAAAUAAACAUAAUUUGUGCACACUUUGAAAUAACUGAUCUAAAAUUCAUAUGAAUGUAUGUCAGACAAAAUUGUUCUUAAAUAAACUGGGGAAAUUAGAAAAAUAAAACUGAGGUGCAA